CCUCGUUGCAAAGCAUGAGUAGAAAGAAGUCCUGACUGAGGAUUAGAGCACCACCAGGGGUUUGAAGUUCGCUGGAGCCUUUCAUUGGGGCAAUCUUGGGCUAGCCAUUUAACUUCGGAGACUCAGUUCCUCCAUCUGUAAAUGAUGUGAACCAGAAUGCAUCUUGAUUUUCUUCCAGCCCACUUAUCCUUCAUGAUGAAAGUUCUGGGGGCACUCCUCUCUCCUCUGUGUAAUUGGUAGCUUGGGUGGGGAAGAGAUGGCUGACAGUGUCAAAACCUUUCUGCAGGACCUUGCCAGGGGAAUCAAAGACUCGGUCUGGGGAAUUUGUACCAUCUCAAAACUAGAUGCUCGAAUUCAGCAAAAGAGAGAAGAGCAGCGUCGAAGAAGGGCAAGCAGUGUCCUGGCACAGAGGAGAGCCCAGAGCAUAGAGAGGAAGCAGGAAAGUGAGCCCCGUAUUGUUAGUAGGAUUUUCCAGUGUUGUGCUUGGAAUGGUGGAGUGUUCUGGUUCAGUCUGCUCCUGUUUUAUCGAGUGUUUAUUCCUGCACUUCAGUCUGUCACAGCCCAAAUUAUUGGUGACCCAGCACUACAUGGAGAUGUCUGGUCUUGGCUGGAAUUCUUCCUUACGUCAGUUUUCAGUGCCCUCUGGGUGCUCCCCCUCUUUGUGCUUAGCAAAGUCGUGAAUGCGAUCUGGUUUCAAGACAUAGCUGAUCUGGCAUUUGAGGUGUCAGGGAGGAAGCCUCACCCAUUCCCUAGUGUCAGCAAAAUAAUUGCUGACAUGCUCUUCAACCUUUUGCUGCAGGCGCUUUUCCUCAUCCAGGGAAUGUUUGUGAGUCUCUUUCCCAUCCAUCUCGUUGGGCAGCUGGUUAGUCUUCUCCAUAUGUCCCUUCUCUACUCGCUAUACUGUUUCGAAUAUCGUUGGUUCAAUAAAGGAAUUGAAAUGCACCAGCGGUUGUCAAACAUAGAAAGGAAUUGGCCUUACUACUUUGGAUUUGGUUUGCCCUUGGCUUUCCUCACAGCAAUGCAGUCCUCAUACAUUAUCAGUGGCUGCCUGUUCUCUAUCCUCUUCCCUUUAUUCAUUAUCAGCGCCAAUGAAGCAAAGACCCCUGGCAAAGCGUACCUUUUUCAGUUGCGCCUAUUCUCCUUGGUGGUUUUCUUAAGCAACAGACUCUUCCACAAGACGGUGUACCUGCAGUCUACCCUGAGUAGCUCAACCUCUACUGAGAAGUUCCCUUCACCACACCCGUCUCCUGCCAAAUCGAAGGCUGCCGCAGGCCACUGAGUUGCCUGCCGUCCAGAAGGGAAGGGUGGGAUUGGAAGGAGGCUGUGGCAGCUCUACUCCUGUUCUCCUCCCCCACCAGGGAAGGCAGGACCCACUCUGCCAAGGGCCUACUGCGUAUUCCCUUCUCUGAGGAAUUGGAAUUUUUUGUCUCUGGUGCAUGUAAGGCAGAAUCUUCCUGACACCAGUAUGUGGAUUUUUAAUACCAGUGAGUCUAAAAGGACCACAGGUUUUUCUGCAGCUCUUUUCUAGCACUUGCCAGCCCCCGUGCCUGGACUGAUUUGAUUACUUUGUUUUUCUCCCUGUGCCAUUUACCCUCCAGACUACCCCUUCCUGCCUUCCACCACCCUUGGAUGAAUGGAUUUUAUAAUUCUAGCUGUUGUAUUUUGUGGAUUUGUUAUUUUUGUUGUUUUUCUGUGAAGCACAUAUAUUGGAUAUGGGAGGUACAGGAGUAGUUCAGUUGCUCCUGGUCGCUCCCUUUAUAGCCAUCACUGUCUUGUUUCUUGUAACUCAGGUUAGAUUUUGGUCUCUCUUGGUCCACUGCAAAAAAUAAGCCUGAAAAGAUGGGACAGGAGGAAAGACCUCACAGCCAGAUCUGCUAGGUUUUGAGGACUGAUUAUUUUUCUUCCUCUUGAAGGGGAAUAAAGCUUUUUUCACUGGUAUAUUUUAAAGUUCCCCAGCUAUAGGGAAGUACCAUUUUUUGGACAAGUGCCACUGUAAAACAGAAUGCUCAGAGAACCUGAACUUGUGAACUCUGGAGGUCUGGAUUCACUGUUGGCCACUGCCAGGUCUGUCUGGUAUUUCAAAGGGAUAUGGGUGCUGCACAUAGCAACUGAAGGGGUAAACUUAUUAAACCCAUUAAACCUGUGA